AUGUACGACGUGCAGGAUCUGCGCUCGUUCUACAAGCGGAGCGACAAGGUGGCGAUCGCCGUGCUGCCCCAAUUCGAUCAUCGGCUGGGCACGGUCGUGCUCAACGCGCUGGCCAAUCUCCCCGCUGAGUGGAAGAUCCAAAUCUUUCACAGCCCAGAGAUUGCACACAACGUGACCAGCCUGGCGUCGCUGAUGCAGUAUCACCGGAUCGGUAGGCUCACGCUGACGCCCACCAUCAACGGCUCCAUGUCCUACGAAGACUACAGCGACCUGAUGAAAAACGUUAACUUUUGGGAGCAAGUGCAAGGCGAGCAUGUGCUCACGAUCCAGACAGACGCGGUGCUCUGCUCCAAUUCGCCCUACUCCAUCAACGACUUCCUCGAGUACGACUGGGUCGGCGCACCCUGGAAGAAGUGGCCCCACCUCCUCGCCGGUAACGGAGGUCUCUCGCUGCGACGCAAGUCAAAGCUGAUCGAGACUAUCAAGAAGUGCGUGGUCGAGAAGCCGCGCGUGGAGGACAUGUGGUAUGCCUACUGCUUUCGGCAGCUGCCCCACAUGGGCCGCAGCUUCAGCGUCAAGCUCGCGCCGCAGGAUGUCUCCCAGCACUUCGCCGUCGAAACGCUGUACUCGCCCACCCCGCUGGGCGUGCACAAGCCCUGGGCCUGGCUUCCCUACGACGAGGCACGUAUCAGCUGGAGAAGCUGA